GGAAAUCAAAAAAUGUUUCCUUGUGCUCCGACUCAGUGACUGAACAGACUACAGAGUGUUCACACUUCACAUAGAACCGUGCCGCCCCUUCGCCGUCGCCGUCACUCUCCACUGGCCACCGUAGCAGCAACUGCUUGUGUCUUGAGCCUUUUACGUUUGCGGUUUUCGAGCACCUAGAGCUGGUAGGCUGCUGCAAAUUUUUCUUCUUGAACCCUCAAGGAUGCCCGAGUAUUAUUGUCAAGAUAGAAGAGCGCCCAAUUGGAGUUUAUAUGAAUUAUUCUGCCUCCUUCCAGAGAAGACAAAAGCAGACACCUGGAGGAAUGGCAGCUGCUGCAACAGCCAAUGCUUCAGGGCGAAUACUGUCACAGCCAGUUACUUUUGUCACUGGCAAUGCCAAAAAGCUUGAAGAAGUACGCACAAUCUUGGGCCAGUCUAUUCCUUUUAAGUCCCUCAAGCUUGACUUGCCAGAGUUGCAAGGUGAGCCUGAAGAAAUCUCGAAAGAGAAGGCUCGAUUGGCUGCUGCUCAGGUUAAUGGACCUGUACUAGUAGAAGACACUUGCCUCUGUUUCAAUGCUUUAAAAGGCCUCCCAGGACCUUACAUCAAAUGGUUCCUGCAGAAGAUUGGUCACGAAGGUCUCAACAACUUGUUGAUGGCUUAUGACGAUAAAUCAGCUUAUGCAUUGUGUGCAAUUUCCUUUGCUGUCGGGCCUAGUUGUGAACCUGUAACUUUUAUUGGAAAAACUAUGGGGAAGAUUGUUCCUGCAAGGGGACCAAAUGAUUUUGGAUGGGAUCCAGUUUUUCAACCUGAUGGCUAUGAGCAAACUUAUGCAGAGAUGACAAAGGAAGAAAAGAACAAAAUUUCUCACCGUUUUAGAGCUCUUGAUUUGGUGAAGUCACAUUUUGCUGAAGCUGGAUUUACUUGUCAGAUUGACAAUGUAUAAGAGCUUCCUUUGUUGUUGCUAUGGAGUAGAUUCUAUAGGUACAACAUUUCAUGAGCUUGGUUGGUUCCAUUGUUAAGUAGCUUUCUGCUAGUGAAAGGAGAAUUGCUUCUUUUUUGACAGUUUGAUGGUACUUAGUGUGUUUGGAUGAAUGGAAAUCAGUGGAAUGAAAAGGGAAAUGAUGAAUUGGCUUUCAUCUUUUGUUUGGAAA